GAGUGCGACAGCCUGCCGUGUCCGCACAGAGCGGCUGCCAGCCCCGCCACAGCCACAUCUCUGCCUUUUCUCCUGAUUUUGGUUCAAACCAAGGGAGAACCCACCACGGGACGGCCGCUGUCUCGCUCAGCCUGCUGUGAGCAUCACCAGCCUCCCAAAGGUGCACAGGCAACUUUCUUCAGCUCAAGAAGUGACAAAUCUGAUUUGGGCUCUUCUGGUUGAGGAACCUCUCUGAGCUCCCCACAUCUCUGGUUUUACCAUUUAUGAUGAAAGCAGUACGUGGGAGAAAGAGCAAAGAAAAAUGAGCCUGAUGGAUAUCACUAAAAUGUUCUCCAUGCUCCAGCCCAGAGAAGAUGAAGAAGACAAUGGAGAAAGUGAGGAGCUGAACCGAGCAGUACUGGAGGAUGACUACCGAACCCUAGAUCAGCUCUUGUCCCAAGACAGAUACAAGAAGUUCAUCAACCGCAGGAGCGGCUGGGGGGUGCCCAGCACCCCGUUGCGCCUGGCUGCCACCAAGGGCCACGUCCGGAGCGUGGAGGUCCUCCUGGCCCAUGGGGCAGAGGUGGACAGCCUGGAUGUGAAGGCUCAGACCCCACUCUUCAUGGCGGUCAGCAACGGGCACCGGGAAUGCGUGAAGGUCCUGCUGGAGGCGGGAGCCAGCCCCGCCGGCAGCAUCUACAACAACUGCUCGCCGCUGCUCAUCGCCGCGAGGGACGGGGACGUGGACAUCCUGCGGCAGCUCCUGGACCACGGUGCGGAAACCAACGUUCGAGCGAGGCUGCCCGAGUGGGCUGCCAACUCGGCGGCGUGUUCUGGUCCCCUCUACCUCGCCGCCGUGUACGGGCAUCUGGAGUGCUUCAAGCUGCUGCUGCUUUAUGGCGCCGAUCCAGACUAUAACUGCACUGAGGAGAGGGUGAUCGCCCAGAUCAAGGAGCCCAAGACUCUGCUGGAAACCUGCCUGAGGCACGGCUGCAGGAGUAAGUUCAUUGAGCUGCUCAUUGACUUUGGAGCCAAUGUCCAUUUGCCCGAUAUCACGGUAGACAAGACGGCACCCCACAGCGAGGGCCUGGAGCUGCUGCUGCAGGCGAGAGCUCAUCCCAAGUCCUUGAUGUCUCAGUCCAGGCUGGCGAUGAGACGUCUCCUGAAGCAGACUGGCCACCCGCACGCCCUCGGCGAGCUGGCGAUCCCCGUGGCGCUGGUGAACUACCUCCGACACCAGCCCUGACGAGAGCCCCCUGCCCGGGACGUGUGCCGAGCACCCGAACUGAAAGCUGCUCUGACACCUGUGCAGCGUGAGACUGCCGUGAAUUUGUGGUGCAAAGUAAUUUUUGCUUAUGAAGUGUCUCCAAAAAGCGAUGCCUGUGCAAAAGGGUAAGGGAAACCGGGGAGAAAACAGGAGAGCUCAGCUCCUGCUCCAUGUCAGCACGAUGGCAGAGCAGGAUCUGAUUUAGCUGGGUUUGGCUUUAAACCCUCUUCACUGGAAGAUAUUAUACCUUUAAUUGCUACUGGUUUGAGAAUGGGGUGGGAAAAAGUGUGGAGGGCAAAGGGAGAUGAGUUUGUUCUGUUUUGUUUUUUUAAUUAAAACUGUUGCUGCUAUUCUUAUUAAAUUGUCGUUUACUGU